AACCCUUUUUAAUAUCUCUGCCUCUAAAGUCUAGUCAUAUUUUUCCACUUUUCUAGAAUAUGGAUAAGACAGAGAAGGAUGAAUCUCUCAGCCCUAUCUCACUUCUUGUAGUUCUUUCACUUCUCAUAAUACUUAGUUGGGUCACUAUACUCCGAGACUUAUACUCAAGUUUUCGGCUUAUACCUCAAUUCUUCAGAGACUUCUUUUAUGGUGCGUGGAAGGUUUGGAAUGAAAGAAAGGCCACAAUUCAGGAAGCUUCAAUCCACAAACUUUGCACCCAUGAAAAUGUGCAUAAUGAGAAGCUUUCUGAAGAGGUGGAAAUGGUGCUUAAAGAGGAGGGUGAUGACAAUAAGCUAUCUGUGGGAGAGGUGAAGAUAGUGAUGGAGAAACUUGGAACAUUAUGUGAUGACCACCCUGAUGCUGAAAACUAUGAAGAGGGGAUGGGUCCAGAUGAGAUUGCAGGGCUGUUUGAGGAAGAGCCAAGUCCAGAGGAAGUGAAAGAAGCAUUUGAUAUUUUCGACGAGAACAAUGAUGGGUUCAUUGAUGCAGGGGAGUUAGGAAGAGUGCUCUGUUCAUUGGGGCUCAUGAAACCUUUGGAAGUGGAAUGCCAAAGGAUGAUCAGAGUCUUUGAUGACAAUGGAGAUGGACGAAUUGAUUUCAAAGAAUUUGUCAAACUUGUGGAGCACAGCUUCUGCUAAAAUGACACUCCCAACUCUCAAGCCCUCUUCUUCUCCCAUUAAUGGUGAAUCCCACUGUAAAUUUAAAUAACGGGACUCACUAUUAUGUUAGAAAAAGCAAGUUUUACUCCUGGAAUAUUGAAUAAUUACUCACAAAAAAAGGCUGGACUCACAUCAAACAAAAAAUAGAAGUCUGUAGAACACCCUGCAGGCUGCAGCAUUCCAUGAGAGUUUUGGUAAGUGUGAACCCUUAAAAGCAGCUGGAAUUUUUUUUUUUUUUUUUUUUAAUUUCUUUUUUGAGGGAGCUGGAAUUUUAACUAAUAUGUCAACUAAUUUUAAGAGACAUUAACAAUGACUUGGGAAAAUCAAAGAACACCUACAAAUGAAGGGUGAAGCAGACAUCUCAAGCCAUUAUGUUUCUUUUUCUUUUUCCCCACUUCAAGUUGAGGGAACCAUGUACCGGAAUAGAACUCGAGCUCUCCUCUAUGAAGUAGAGUUAAAAAAAAAUGCCAUUAAUCCUAAAAAAAAUUCACUCUUGGCAAGCCAUAUGUUUGAUCAUGAAUGAUUAAGUAUUAUUUCAUCAAAUAAAACGAACCAAGUGCAGCACAUUAAUCUUUUUAAAUAAAAAAUAAAGAGAGAGAGCUUAAUUUCGUGUCGGCUCGAGAAAAUUUUUUUAGCUCGUUUUGUAAUCCAUUGUGAAUCCUGUACGCAAGAUGUAGAAAAACGCAAUUUUGUGAUUAGGGUUUGUUGUUGUCGUGUUUAUUGAGUGAGAAAUGAACU